AUGCCGCUGGAGGCGGUAAAAGUGGGGUUGGCGCUUUUCGGCACAGUUGCUGGUGCUUUGGGAGCGUGUUCCGUGCCCUUCCUAUUCACUCGCUGGCCCUACGUCGCUACCACGAACAAAGCACUUUGUGAUCUACGUGAAAUACUGAAACCCCUGGCGAAACCGACCGCAUCUUUUCUUGAUAUCGGUUCUGGAGACGGCUCUGUGGUUGAACUUGCAGCAAUGACUGGCUUUGGCUCGAGCUUGGGUAUCGAAUCGAAUCCUGUACUCGCGUUUUACAGCAAGUGGCGACUGCGAAAACUAAGAAAUGCUACUUGCCUCUGGGGGCGGUACCAAAAUAUGAACUUUUCCGGAAUCGAUACAGUUUACGUGUACGGAGGAGAACAGAUAAUGACUGCUCUGGGUGAAAAACUUACGGCAGAACUGAAACCAGGCGCAACCAUAGUCUGCAAUUCUUUUCCGCUCCCAAAACCUGAAAACCACAUUGGAAAAAGGUGCUUAUUCUUCAUCAGGCGAGCCGGUAGCUUAUAUAUCUACCGUGUGCAAAACUAG